AUCUUGAUUAUAAAUCUGGUCAUAGAGAACAUAUAUUUUAUAAAUACUGGCUUGCAUCCAAGCCUGAAGGGGCAACCCUAAAAGGUUAUGACCAUACUGAUAAAAAUGAUACUGCACUUUUAAAUACGUAUCGACCUGAAGAAAUUUCUGAUGAAUAUAUAAUUCGGGUAGCAGGGCAGUAUUUUAUAGUUGUCAAUCACCCAUCCAAAGUUUAUGGAUUACCUGAUGCUCACGAGUACAUUGAUGGUAAUCUGCCUCUUUAUCUGGUUCUGGAUAUUGAUACGAGACAAAAGCUCGAUCCCAUGAAUCCUGAACUUCUUUCUUUAGAUAGAAGUAAAAUUUCUCACCUUAGAGGAUUUGUGGAAAAAGUCACCGAUAGGAUUGAAAAGCCAUAUUCAGAGUUUAUUGAUAUUGGUCUCUAUAAAUCUCAUUUUAGUCUUCGGCUCUUUGGAUCAGCAAAGAAAGACAGA